AUGUUGGCUAAACCAGAGGAAAGGAAGCCGCAGAAAGGGGGAGAAAAGAAGAGGAGACACCCUGGUGGAGAUGGAGAAGGAGGAGAGAAGAAGAGGAGGGGAGGUAAAGAAGGAGAAGGGGGUCAGGGAGAUGGUGGCAGGAAGCGCCUGGAUGCACUGAGUGUGGGCUAUUUCCGCAGAGUUGGGGAAAGACUCGGUGAAGGCUUUGAAGACAAUGAGGAGAGAGAGAUGUUUGUAGAGAAUGUCCUCACAGAAGUUAAAGGGAAAGCGGCGGUGGUAGCAAUGGACCGCACAGGAAGCAUCACUUUACAGCGGCUGCUGCCACUGUGCAGUUCUGACCAGGUUGCAGAGGUGCUGGCUGAACUCGGGGGAGAAUCAGGGUCGGAGUUUAAGGCGGUUUCAUGUGACCGGUGUGGCGGCCAUGUAGUGGAGAGUGCUGUCAGGCAGAUAUCCAAGUGGAUGGAGUCAUCACAGAAGGAGUUGCCUAAUAACGAAGAAGAAGAGGAGGAGAGUUGUGGAGUGUUGGAGGCCCAGGUGUUGUCUUUAAGUCAGGUGGUGAGAGACAACAGCGCAGAGUUCAUCAAACAUGUCCAUGGCUCACACGUGGUCCGCACACUUUUACAUGUGCUGGCAGGCUGUCUGGGACCUCCACGCACUGAGACCCGUCCAGGUGCAAAAGAACGCAACGUUGCUCCUCAGCUGACGGAUUUUGAGAUUCCAACGUCAUUUUGGUACGAGCUCAAAAGCCUCACAGAGACCUUGAUGGACAACGUUAAUUUGAGUGUGACAGAUGCUGUUGCCAGUGCAGUGUUCCAGACCAUGUUGACUGUGUGUCACAGGAAACGGCCGAAACUCUGCAAACAGCUCCUCAAACGCAUCAUGGAGUACCUGACAAGUCGCAAUGCAGCUCCAGGAGUGAGUCCUCUUCUGGUGUUUCUUAAGGACCAGGCCUCCAGUCACCUCAUUGAGACAAUCAUACAGCUUUCCCACAAGGCCCUUCUUCGGGAUCUCUAUAAGAACCACCUCAAGGGUCAGCUGGUCGACUUGGCCCUCCAUUCUAUCGCCAACUUCCCCAUACAGAGGCUAACCGCCGCCUCGGCCAAAUACAAACUGUUCCUGAGGUUGUUUGACGAGCUGAUCCAGGGCGUGGAGGCCAUCUUAGCCGCAGGCCACAUGGGUGUGAUUGUCCAACUGGCCGAGAGCUGCGCAGAAAGUGAGGAGAAACAGGACGAGUUGAUGCAGUGCCUUCUCCAUGCAUUCCACUGCGCUGAGCCCGGUUAGCGACACGUCAGCUGCCUGCCUCUCUUCAUGUCCCUGACCACCUAUGAGGUGUAUUACCACUCUGACACAGCAGAGGGCAACAUACAGACAGAGAUCCCACUGUCCUCCAUCUGUUACCAAGGCUCCCGGCUGGUACAGGCGCUGGCCAAGUUCAAGGAGCGCUCCCUCCUACUCAGCAGCUUGCGCACUCUGACCCCUGCUGACCUCCUGACACUGGCCUGUGACCCCUCUGGCAGCCAUGUCCUCCAGGCACUCAUCGCCACAUCCAGCGACAAGGGGAGAGGCAAGAUCCUCAAGAGACUGGAGGGCCAGUAUGUUCAGAUGGCCUGUUCCAGGUUGGGUAGUCGGGUGCUGGAGGCUAUAUGGAACAGUGCGUCAGUCAGUCACAGGCAGAACAUCGCACAGGAACUAGUGCCAAGUGAAAACCAGCUGAGGUCAGAUCAGUUUGCUCGCCAUGUAUGGGCCAAAUUUGCCCUCUCCCACUUCGUCCACAGAAGAGCCCACUGGCAGGAAAUACAGACCGGAGAGUCCAAAAAGCGGAAACUCUUUAGUGACAUCCUUGAGUAAAAAAUGCUUAUUUAUAAGAUGUGUUUUUUUUUCUCUGUAAUUGGAUAAAAAAUAAAGAAGGAAAUAUUCCUUA